AAAACUGAACCCGCAUCAAAACAUAAAAAAUACAAAAUGUAUUUUUAUGAAGUUCUUUAAUUAUGGAAUCUGGCAGUUCAUUUGUUCUUUGGGAAUGCUGUCGUUUUACGUUUCUCUCAGUUUAUACAGUGUUUAAAGCGUUUUAUUAUGCCUUAAAAACAUUAAUUUUAAAGAUUUUCCCAAGAAGAGAAAAAUCAGUUGCAGACGACGUAAUCCUGAUUACUGGUGGUGGAAGAGGAAUUGGGAGGCAAAUGGCUUUAACCUUUUCUAAACUAAAACCUAAACAUAUCAUUUUAUGGGGAAGGAAAGAAGUGCCCUUACAGAAAACUACAGAAGAUGUACAGAGUCUUGGUGUGUCCUGUUCGUAUUUUGUCUGUGAUGUUUGUGACAGAGAACUUGUCUAUAAAACUGGAGAAGAAAUAAAGAAUUCUAUUGGUGAUGUAACAAUUCUAGUCAACAAUGCUGGUAUAUUUAAUGGUGCUUUAGUCUUAAAUGAUACAGAGGAAAAUAUACAGAAAACUUUUGCAAUAAAUGCAUUGGCACAUAUUUGGGCAUAUAAAGCUUUUUUGCCAGGAAUGAUAUCCCAAGGCCGAGGGCAUAUAGUAACAAUCAGCUCAAUGUUGGGGAUCAUGUCCCUGAGAGGUGCUUCCAGCUAUUGUGGUUCUAAAUUUAUGACAACAGGCAUAUCUGAGGCCCUCCAUUUAGAGCUUGAGGAAUAUCCAAAUAUACACCUUACUUCAGUACACUCAUACCAGGUUCAGAAUGACAUGUUCCAGGACUUAAAACUAAGAUUUCCCUGGCUGAUACCGCCUCUGUCAGAAGAAUAUGUGGCCAAAGCAACAGUCAGAACAGUGCUUUUUAAUGAAAAAAUAAUAAUGAUGCCAAGGAUUAUGUACCUCUUAGUGCCUUGCUUAAGCAUUUUUCCAGCAAAGGCCAUGGCUCCAUUAUUCAGAUUUUUGGGUGUGGACUCAGCACUGGAUAGUUUGUUGGCACAGAAACAGAAAAAAGAAUAAUCCUGUUAAUCUGCUGUUAUUUAUUGUUAACUGUUGUGACUGUCUCAUUUAAUACAUGAUAUGUGAGCUUACUCACUAAAGUACAUAAACAUUAGUUGAUUUUGUAAGUCUGCUUGUAUAUUUUUGUAGCUUUUUGAUAUAUUCUGUUUUGAUGAAGUAUAAAAUUGUUAUUUGUGUUAAAUAUGAAUUUUGUUAACAUAAGGAGAUCUGAUAUAUACUUCAAUCAGACAGAAAAAAAAACCAAUGGACUUAAAAUAACUAUAGGACAUAUAGAGGGUAAAAUACAGUGUUCAACAACAAACAGGUGUCUAUACAAUAUGUCAAGUUCUAAAUUGUCCAAGUCUUUAAAAAUUGUGAAUAAAAAAGCCAAGAACAAUCAAAGAUCUGCCAUAAUACAAAAUUCUUCAAGAAAGAACCAUUAUAGUUUAUAUCAGAAGAUUUUAUUUAAACUGUAUAAACCAUGCAUUGUUAAAAAAAUUAUGAAAACUGGCCUUCAGGGGGAUUUAGAUUUUCUAUCAGUACAAUAGAUAAAAAAAAAACUGUGAUCAAAUUUUUAAGGUGAGUAACAAUAAUGAAACCACUGUUCCUAGGAAACAUUCUUCUUGGAAUUAUAUUUGUCUUUUGUUAUCCAAUUUUUUUUAUUUUAAACAGAGAUUUGUGAAUAUAUAUAUAAGAUACUAGUACUGUUAUACUGUGGAUUCAUUAUUAUUCGUUGGAUACCAAUUUUCGUGGAUUUCGCGGGUAUACUUGAACCACUAAUUUAAAAGUUCAACUAAGUUUUAAUUUCCAAAAGUCUUGUAUGCAGACAUAGGCAAAAUCAUGAAAUCAAAUAUCCAUGAAGUUACAAUGUUUCCCCAAUCAAUGAAAAUUGGAACCUACGAAAAAUAAACAGUAGAUUAGAAAAAUGUCUCACUUAUUCAUGUUCUUCUAGUUUUCACCACAUGUUUAGUAGAGCAGUGAGACCUUGAUACCUUCUUGUCAAUAUUAAUGUUUACUUAUGAUAUGUUGUACAUCAUUGAUAUAAGGUGUACACAUUUUUCAGCAUCCAUGAAUCCGAAAUUGCUUACUGCAUACAAAUGUUUGCCCUCUUAGUCAUAUUUCAUCGACUUCAAAAUUGAAAUAUGAAGUUGCUUGAUUAUGCAUGUUUAUGAAAAAAUAAUGUUGUAUUUUUAGGGUUCAAGGCAUGCUUCAGGGACUUUUAUAUUUUGACAAUUUUCAAAUGUUUACUAUUUUGAUUACAUGCAUGUAUUUAAAUAACAAGUAAAGUGAUGUUUGAAAUUUUAUUGUAUUAGAAUCUGAAUGUGAAUACAUGCAUUUGCAAGGAUAAUUUUUAUGCCCCCGCCGUAGCGGAGGGGGAUUAAGUUUUACUUUUGUCCAUCCAUACGUACGUCCGUCCGUCCGUCCGUCCAUAUGUCCCAAAGUUGGUUUCCAUUCUCUAACUUAAGUUUGCCUCAACCAAAUGUUAUGAAACUUAUACACAAUGCUUAUUACCACAAAACACAGAUCAAGAUAGAAUUUUUGAGGCGUCACUUUAACCGUUCUAGAGUUAUGCUCCUUUACGAAUGGAAAAAUUGCUGAAUUUUUCAUUUCCGUUCUUUAACUUUAGUUUGCCUCAUCCAACUGUUAUAAAACUUAUACACAAUGCUUAUUACCACAAAAUACAGAUCAAGUUUGAAUUUUAGUGGUGUCACUUUUACUGUUCUUUAGUUAUGCCCCUUUACAAAUUUUAAAAAUUGCUGAAUUUUUCGUUUCCGUUCUCUAACCUAAGUUUGCCUCAACCAAAGUUAUGAAACUCAUACACAAUACUUAUUACCACAAAACUCAGAUCAAGUACAAAUUUAGGUAGCCUCACUUUUAAUGUUCGUCAGUUAUGUUCCUUUAUAACUUUAUAUGAUAUGCAAACGGGGGCAUCAUCUGUGUCCCCUAGACACAUUCCCCAUUUAUUUUGUUAUGCUCCACUGAUAUCGAAGUUAAUUAGUUUAUUCAAUGGAAAGUGGUUUUUUUAUCAAGCUUAAGCUAAAUAGUAGUUAAAUCUUGAGAGCUUUGUAAGAUUGAAAAUUUUAUAUUAUGGGUGGUUGAAAAAAUGUGGCUCCACACCAUCCCCGCAUGAAUUUUAAUCUGGACACCCCUUAAUUGGAGAAUUAAGAUGAUAUUUUUAUCAAACCAAUGUUAUAUGUUUGCUGCAUAUCUCUGUGAUGACUGUUUGUUAUAUUUUGUAAUGUGCCAUUUUCCUUACUAAUUACAAUCAAGAGCAAUGUGUUACAUGCCAAGUAUGCAAUAUUACACUUAUGCAGUUUCA